UGGCUUGGUCAGGCAGUGGAAAAAAAAAUAGGCAAAGGAUAUUUCCCUCUUGCCUCUUUUUCUUCUGUUGAUGAGGGCAUUUGCUGCUUUUUGGAAAAUACCACUUGAUAAAGGGGGAGGGUUUUUGGAUCCCGAGAGAGGAGUAAUAAAGCCGCCAUCUCUAGGAUGGAUUUUUUCUCUUCUUUUCUUUCUUAAGAAUGUGCUGGCCACUGCUCAGCUGCUCUGUAACCCCAGUCCUCCCGAGAAUGAGGGAACUCUUUGGUGCAAAUUGUCACCAAGCUUGUCAGACUACCUGAACUGUCCCUGAAAUCGUGGGUGGCUGCGUCGGGCUGGUGGUGGUUCAGAGGAAGAGUCUAGGGCUGGCAGCAGUCUGAGUAUCUGCCUUUGGUAGGACCCAAAGGUUGUAACGUUGUCUAUAUAUACCCUGUAGAACCGAAUUUGUGUGGUAUCCACAUAGUCACAGAUUCGAUUCUAGGGGAAUAUAUGGUCGAUGCAAAAACUUCACAUUUCUCCAAAAUAGCAAGAGAUGGAGGUGGAGACCCUGGUGUGGGUCAGCCACCUCUUUCUGUUCCACGAAGAUCGACUGUCCCUGGUGACAUUGUGCAGCUUUUUCCUCAAAAAGCACCUCACCUUUACAUAGAGGCUUCAGUGGGGGCUGCUGCAAAAAGAAACCCUAACUGGUUGCAUGAAUACUGGUCCAAAAGGGUUAGGUUUUGGGGUGCUGGGGAGUGGAGCAAAUGAUCAGCUAGUUCCAGCUAUUGCUCUGCCCUCCUCUGGGUAUGAGAUAUAAAUAUACCCAAACGGGGACUAACUGGGUUUUAGGGACCUUGUGUGGGGGCAAAAGCAAGCUGGGAAAAAAGGCCAGUAGGCACCUUUGGGGGGCAUUUAGGUGAGGCGAGUGUUCCCUCACCAUUUUCUGGGCCCAACCCUCAGCUGCAAGAACCUGGGCAUCCAUGGUUGCUGCCAUGUCAGAAAGGCCCAGCUUUGGCUAGCAACAUCCCAGCCUGGGCACCUGUAGAAAAGCAUGGUGGUUACUCAUUGCCUAACUUAAUUCAGGCCCGCCAGAUUCUGGUAACUUUUGGGUGACCCUGAUGAAGACAAAGCAGGACUCAGUCUUUGUAUGGCAGAGUCCCAGCUCUGGCGGGCUGGGCAGGCAAAGUGCCCGCCUGGGGCACUCUGCCCAACUGAGAGGCCACCUCGUCCACCCACCUUUUGUUGCCUUGCACCCAAUAAAAGAAUUCAUUCUCCCUUGCACUGUGCCCACCUUGGGGGGAGUACUGGGGUGAGUGAAGAGGGCAGGAGAGGUUAGGAAAAGUCAGUGGAGACAAAAGCUGAGAUUACCUGCUGAAAAUAGGGGUGAUGGCGAUCGGAACUACAUUAACAUCUGGCAGGGGCCCUCAAAUAUGGCACGGCAAGUCAUUUGAUUACACGUAUGUUAUUUAGUUAAAUUUGUGAAAAUUAUGAGAUGCUCACCAAACCGGUGAUAAACUCGCUCCCUCCCCAUUGGCUGGCCUGGUCACAUGGCCGCCCAACUUUAUUCAGUUGACAGCAAGUAGGAGGGCCCUAUGGAAGGAGAAAAAAAGACAACACGAGAAAAAUUAGUAUUUUCUACCUUCUGAAAUUAAUGGCCAUGAGUUCGUAUAUGGUGAACUCUAAGUAUGUGGACCCCAAGUUUCCUCCGUGCGAGGAAUAUUUGCAGGGCAGCUACCUAGGCGAGCAGGGCGCAGACUACUACAGCAGCGGCUCACAGGGGGCCGACUUCCAGCCCCCGGGGCUCUACCCGCGGCCCGACUUCGGGGAGCAGCCCUUCGGAGGCGGCGGGCCCGGGCCUGGCUCGGCACUGCCCGCUCGGGGGCCGGGACAAGAGGCUAGCGGCCCCGGCGGGCACUACGGCGCCCCGGGAGAGCCGUGCCCAGCGCCCCCGCCUGCGCCCCUGCCAGGCGCUCGGGCCUGCAGCCAGCCCGGCGGCCCCAAGCAGCCGCCCCCCGGGACCGCACUCAAGCAGCCGGCGGUGGUCUACCCCUGGAUGAAGAAGGUGCACGUGAACUCGGUGAACCCCAACUACACCGGCGGGGAGCCCAAGCGUUCCCGGACGGCCUACACUCGGCAGCAAGUCCUAGAACUGGAAAAGGAAUUUCAUUUUAACAGGUAUCUGACGCGGCGCCGUCGGAUUGAAAUUGCUCACACUCUGUGUCUGUCCGAGCGCCAGAUCAAGAUCUGGUUCCAGAACCGGAGGAUGAAGUGGAAAAAAGACCACAAGCUGCCCAAUACUAAAGGCAGGUCAUCAUCGUCAUCUUCCUCCUCCUCCUCCUGCUCCUCCUCAGCCGCCCCUGGCCAGCAUUUGCAGCCGAUGACCAAGGAUCACCACAUGGACCUGACGACCUUGUAGAAGUGGGGACCCUGGGCCCAUCCCUCCCUGCGCUCCAGGCUGAGCCGAAGCUGCGGGGGCAGGCCGGGCCUGCUGUGACCUCGCUGGGCUCUAAGGUACUGUGGGGUGGACCUGGGCCCUGAAGGCGGCCCUGGACUAGGUUAGCAUCCUGCCCGAGGGCAGCCCCCUCCCUAGAGUGGAGCCGGGGGUGGGAGGGGUGGGCGGGAUUCUCUAAGUAUGUUAUCAUAUGGCAGGAGCUACUGAGAACCUAAAACCGUGGCCAGUCAUUAAACUCAUGAAAAUCUCUGCUGUUGGAUUUUGAAUUUGCAAAUGAAGGUUGGAUGCUUUAUCCCAGUGUGAAUUGGGACAUUCUCCCCACUCCACCCCUCCAGGGAGUUUUGUGGUUUGGUAAUGUGGGGGAGUUGAGGCAGAAGAUUGGCCACCACUGUGAUAGGUGCUCAUGGGAGCUGCAGAGCUGGGCCAAGAUUUCUGAAUUUCUGGGUUGUCUGUAUAAUUUCCAGUGUAAUUUAUAUUAAAAAAAAGUUUUGCUCACAGUAGCCCGAUGCCCAAAGAAAUAAGUUUAAGAAGGAAGUGAAAACGGGUUGUUUUAUGUUUAGAUUAUAUUUGCUUAAGUAUUUAUUUGUUGGGGGAUUGGGUGCAGAAAUAACUAACACCUUCAUGCCAAAAAUCUUAAGAUGGUGGAAGGGGCUGAGCUUCAGGGAACUGAAUUAGAUGUGUAGACUUACUUCUGGCUGUAACCUGCAUUUUGAACUCCACCCCCUCCCAACUCCCUGGAAAUAUGUGUAGGGGGCCUUUAACCCUUUUAGAGAGAUGCGAAGGAUCCACUCAAAGUUGAGUUCUUGAAAAUAUAAUUCCACAUGUGAUUUUUUCAACACUGUGCUUACAACCAGUUCUGGGUGAUUAAAGGAAAGGGCAAAAAAGAAACAAAUGGUCCAACAUGUUCCUUCUGUGGAAAGAAAACAAAACCUCUAUGCUCUGGGUCGUCAGAUAAUGACUGAGUUUUCUGUUCCAACUGGAUUCCAAAUGUCCCAAAUAUCCCACAUAGAAGUAUUUUGUAGGAAUCAGUGUAUGCUUAUAUAGGAGAGGAGCUGUGCAAGGGGUGAAAGUGGGUAGGUGAAACAAUCUUGUUUUUAAAAAGAAACUAAUUGAAUCUAAAAGUACACAAAAGUUGGUAGGGUUUUCUUCCCCCUUGAAGUUUUAAUUUGAAAAAAAUACCUAAGGAAGUUUUUCUCAAACCAUUAAUUAGAAGCAGAAAUUGUAAAAGUAUUAAAGUUUUCAGGCCUCCUUCUUUGCCUUUAGAAUAGUGGUUUAAAAACACUCAAACAAGAAGAGAGAUGUUUUUAGUCAUUUUUCUUAUUCUAUGUCUGGGAAGAGUUCAAAGCUCAUUUUUGUGAAAUGCCGACCCUGAAGGAUCAGGGGAAAAGAGAACCGCCAGAGUUCAUAUACUCAAAUGAAACAAGUCUUCUUCCUAAGUUUGAAGACUAAAACCUCAGGCUCCAAGAAAGAAAUCUGUUUCCAGCUACUGAAAAGUGACAAAAGAGAGAAGGGAGAAGGGCUAAACUGAAAACUUAAUUCUAAGUUCUAUAAUGUUAUUUUUUCAGUGCUUCAGGCCACUUUAGAAGGUUUCAAUGAUAAUCUUUAAAAUAUACUUAAGUGGAAAAGGGAGGGUGACUUUCUCUGCAGGCAUGUUCUUUGGUUCUGUCUCCUGAGAGCUAAGGGCAGGUAUUCACUGGAGUCCCUAGGCUGAAAUUCCGCUUCUCUAAAGUAUCUUCCAAGCCUUGGUCUUUUGUAUUAGACCCUGGGGACAGCUCUUUGUUCCUCCUUGGGGUGAGCCUGGCUCUCAGACUUGCACAUGGCAAUACUUGAAUAUGGCCACGUCGGGAUAUUAAAGAUGGAUAUUCCUGCAUUAUUCACAUCAUUGUUUCUAUGACAAAAAGCACAGAGUUCAUACAUAGUCAAGAUGUCUUUUUUCUGACGCCCUCACGUUGAGAAGCUGAAAAGGUAUUUUACUGAAGUUCGGCUAAAUUACAGAAUCAGGUUCAUCCAGAGGACAAAUUUUCUAUUCCAUUAGCUGUAUUUCAGCCAGGAGGACUGACCUCUAAACCCUUAACCUUUUGGACUCUUAACUACCGUUCUCUUCUUUUCUCCCCCCUGUAACAUGGAGAGCAGUCUUUGGAUGUAGCUAGCAUUUGAAAAGAGCCACUAUCCUUAGGCAACUUGGAAAGUUGCUAAGAUUCUUUCCUAAAACCCAAAUCUAUACACAGUGCAGCAGCUUCUUCGGAAAGGAAAAAGGUGUAUAUUUUUAUAAUAUCUAAGUAUAUAGAUAUUACUGGAGAUUAUUACAUAGAUUUUCUCUGUCAUGAGAAGUUCUGGUUACUCACCCAGGUUCAGAUCAAAUGCCACACUGCUUACCUGCCUUCACUCCUGCCCCUAAGGAAAGCCAAGAGAGAGGUAGGUUUUCCAGGAUAGAACCCCAGCUCCUCCUAACAAAGUCCCACUACUUUGAAAAGUAAUUUAAUGAGAGAAACAACUUCUUUGUUUAUAAGACUGAGCUCUCCUCCUCUGCUUUGAGGGAUUGUCUUUUGAAAUGUUAAUGGAGCCUGGAGGCCCCGAGGGCAGCCUCCAACCCUGAAGUUCUCUCCGAAGGUAGUAUCCUUUUGGGCCCUCAGAAGUGGGCCAGACCAGGGACUGGGCCCUGCAACCACCUUGGGCAGGGACAGAAAUGAGUUUCCAUCUGGGAACGUGCUCUUCAGAAAGCUAGACGUGGGAAGGGUCCAGUCCCCAUUUGCUAUUAUUUGUUUCCAGUUUGUUCCCCCAAAUAUGAGCCAGAAGUGUUUGCUUUGCUGGUGGGUUUUUUUUUUAAGCCUGUGUUGGGGUCCUGGCUGGGGGGCCAUGAAGUGUUUGCUGAGGACCUGGCUCCUCCAACCCCCAUCUCACUUUGUCCCUUGCAGUCUUUUGUUGUGAGAUGACAUUGUCAGUCAGCCCCGUGGAGUCUGUUCAUGAGAUGCUUUUUUAAAAUAGAAUUGACCAAUGUUUUGCUGCCACUGAUUAAAGUAUUAUUUAUACUAAUUGUUGCUUGUAGUUUUGAUGUAAUUCAUUGAUCUAUAUUUGAAAUAAUAAAAAAGUGUAGUAAAAUCUC